GGUGAUGGGUAUGUUUCGGAUUGCAGAUGAGCAAGGUGUGACACCGAGGCUGGAGAGAGGUUUUGGUCCUGCUGUGGCAUUCUUCAUGUCCCCCUUCUUGUCCUCCUAGGUGGGUCCACCUUAUUUAUUGAGACAUCUCUGCGGCGUCCGAGAGACAAGGAGAGCAAGGAGGGGUCCCUCGAAGUCACGGGUCAGUUGGGGGACGUGAUGAAGGAGAGUGCCAAGAUCGCCUACACCUUUGCCCGCGCCUUCCUGAUGCAGAAGGCCCCCUCCAAUGACUUCCUGGUGGGCUCCCACAUCCAUCUGCAUGUGCCAGAGGGAGCCACCCCAAAGGACGGGCCCAGUGCCGGCUGCACCAUUGUGACGGCUUUGCUCUCCUUGGCCAUGGGCCACCCUGUGAGGCAGAAUGUGGCCAUGACUGGGGAAGUGUCGCUCACUGGGAAGAUCCUCCCUGUUGGAGGAAUCAAGGAAAAGACCAUUGCGGUAAGAGGGAGUGGGAAUCUCCUCCGCUUUGCUGGUGGCUGGUUAGCGAAAGCUGUUGACUUGACAAAAAGAUCUAAUUGUGCUCUUUUAUCCAAACAAAUUCUAGGCAGGUGUGUGUAUAAGAAUUUGAAAAUCAUUUAAAUUGCACAACUGUAA